CGAAUCAAGAUAAUCGAAUGCUCUGGGAAAGUCGAAAAACAAAGGCAAUUCUCGCUGCUUAGAGAGCAAAUAAAUUCCUCCAUGGCAAGUGAAAAUCCCGUACAAGAAACGGAAGGCGAAUUCCGGAACAGUAAAGCUCUGUUUGUGAAAGGAGUAAGGAUGCCUCACAUUUACGUUUACUUAACAGGAUUCAAAGAUUUCAUCGAAAAUUUCCAAACUCGACAUGAUGAUGUUUUUAUAGUCGGUUUCCCCAGAUCAGGAACCACGUGGCUUCAAGAGAUCACGUGGGAGAUCUUUAAUGAUGGAGCAACUAGCACCAAACCUAUCGGUCAUAGAGUGCAAUUCUUUGAUGAAGCCAAAUUCCCCCACACCACCCAGCCUGACAUCACCACUCAAUCCAGUCCCCGCCUAAUGAAGACUCAUCAACCAUUUCAUGCAAUUCCCAAAGGAACAUGUGACGCCUCAAGAUGCAAAUAUAUAUAUGUUGCGAGAAAUCCACGCGACGUCGUGGUGUCGUAUUAUAAUUUCGAAAGCAAAAUGGCGCCACUGACUGGUUAUUCAGGACCUUUUGAGUUCUUUGCCGACAUGUUUAUAAAGGGAGCAGUAUAUUGGGGUUCCUGGGCUGAACAUGUCGUGGGCUGGUGGAACCACAAAGAUGAUGGUAAUGUUUUGUUUCUUAAGUACGAGGACUUGAAAAAGAACUUACCUUCUCAAGUACGUCUCAUCGCAAAAUUCCUGGGUAAAUCAUUGACAGAGGAGACGGUGGAACGCAUUGCUAAGCAGUGCACCUUUGACGAGAUGAAAAAGAAUGCAUCAGCUUACUGGAUGAUGACUCGAGAUGGUGAAUUACCCAAUUUUCUCAGACGUGGUGAGGUUGGAGGCUGGAAAAACUACUUCACCCCUGAGUUAAACGCAAGGUUUGAAAGCGAGGUGCUGAGCAAACUGGAGGGCACUGGACUCCAGUUUGGUUUUGGUCAGUGAUUAAGGAGACCUCCCAAAAUGCAACUGGGUUAAGUUAAUUAUGUUCAAAGCGAACUAAACGUAGGGUUUAACCUGACAUUUUCAACUGUAUGAAAAUCAUCACGUUGACACAUAAAAAAUCGUAAACGGGAAGGUUUUUAGAAAUGCGUCCUUAAUUAGCAUAGAAUUUUGCAGUUUGCAGCAUUUUUUUUAAACUGCCUUUAAUUUCGUUUCGAUUGAGAAGAUAUUCCAGACAUACAAUAAAGUUUUUAAUCACAUUUUCGUGAAGGAACUUUCUUCAAAAAUAUCACAAUGCGCGUUACAUUUUUAAUUCAACUCUCUUCUUGCGAAUAUGAAUACGAACUGUAUUCAUAAGCCAAGACGGUAAAUAUUAUUUUAUCUAUUGAAGUAGCCUUACACUACUUACAGUACAAUACUUACACUGCUAAACUUUGACAAUUAUACAAGCAUACAAGUGACCAUUUUCUGGGCGAGACCAAGUAUUUUAGCGGCAAAACUGGACCAAUAAACAAAGAGAGGCAUUUUAGUCGGAAGUAAAAUAAGCCAAAGUCAACUAAAAGGGCAAUAUUUUGUAUACCAACACGCGUUUUGUUAGUAAUAUUGUAUUGUAAGUAGUUUCGUAUUUGUUUAAGUCGUUCUAGUGCUGUAUAGUAUAAGUAUUGCUUUAUAAGUAGUAUAGUUUAAGUAGUGUUGUAACAUGUUGUGCAUCAAAUAAAUAAAUUUAAAAAAAAAAGAGCCAAAGCCAA